AGGAAAGAAAAAGGUGCACUGGUCUCUUAAUUUUUUCCAGAGAUGUAUAUCAACAGCUACUUAUAAAUGCACAUGCGUGCGUUGCAGUUUUAAGACGGCCCCUAACUCUCGGCGGAGGAGAGCAACGAUUUAGAUAUUUUUUCAUUAUAAGGCUUUCUGUGUGUACCAUCUUCAUCUCUGUUCUCUUCAGUCCUGCCCCUGCAUUGCUUGUGCUCUCUCCGCUAUAAGGCGCCCUCUUUCUUUUCUAUUUUGUGUUCAUUGUGGUCACAAUGUCCAAUACACCUUCAUCUAGGUAUGCUUCCGCUAUAUCAGCACUGUCUAUCAGCAUACCUGCUGUUAACGGCACCCCAUCCAAUGUCCCUGAACCACCUCUCACCCCCAAACCACUCCUUACACCCCAACCACACACUGCACCGAAACCACUCCCCACCCCCAAAUCCAUUAUCCCUAAACAACCGCAUUCCAUCAAACAACCUCAUGCUGCCAGUCCAGCCCCUUCACCUGAGAUUUUGGGAUCAGAUGAUGAGGAACAGGAGAAUCCAUCUGAUUACUGCAUAGGUGGGUACUAUCCGGUGGAAAUUGGAGAAAUAUUCAUUGACCGUUACCAGGUGGUUAAGAAGCUCGGCUGGGGACAUUUCUCCACUGUGUGGUUAGGCUGGGACAUGGAGAAGAGGCGAUUUGUGGCACUGAAAGUGGUAAAAAGCGCCCCAACCUUCACAGAGACGGCUUUAGAUGAGAUUAAGCUUCUGAAAUGUGUACGGGACAGUGAUCCAUCUGACCCUAAACGAGACACAGUUGUGCAGCUCAUCGAAGACUUCAAAGUCUCUGGAAUCAAUGGAGAGCAUGUAUGCAUGGUCCUGGAAGUGCUAGGUCAUCAGCUGCUGAAGUGGAUAAUCAAGUCCAACUACACAGGCCUCCCCCUGCCCUGCGUUAGGAGCAUCCUCACACAGGUUCUCCAGGGCUUAGAUUACUUGCACACUAAAUGCAAGAUUAUCCACACAGACAUCAAGCCAGAGAACAUCCUCUUGAGAGUGGAUGAUGAUUACAUCCAGGAGCUAGCAGCCAACACCAAGUUAUGGGAGCUGCCAGUGGCACCCGCUCCCACAAGCUCUUCAGGAAACACCAGUCUGAGGGAAAAGCAGAUUAUGUCAAACCUGUUAGGGAAGUUGACUGUGGCUUUCCAGACUCUGGGGGUUUGGACCGGGAAGGUGUCCAGGAUGCCAAAGGCCAGGUUAUCGAGGAAGGAGAAGAAACAUCAACACCCGCAGCAGGACGAGGACACUUUAGUUGAGAAUCAGAAGAGGGAGAAACUUCAUAUUUCAUUCCGUAAUGACAUCACCACAUGCAGCACCCCUACUUCCUCCUUCCCUCAGCCUUCAGGUCCUGUGCAUACAGCAUGGAGACGGACCCUGCUGCAUGAAGAAGCCCCAGGCUCUGACAGCAAGGAGUCAGCAUUGUCACCAAUGGAGGAUGCAGCCUGUUUGACUACAGUGUCUCUCUGCCCUAGACAAUCUGUAGUGUUACAUAACUCAGCCCAGAAAGACAGCCAGCCUUCAUCAUCGUCACAUGGCUUAAGGGAAACAGAUCUGCUGGUGAAUCUUCUGAAGCCACAGAACGCUGAUAAAAUCAAGAUCAAGAUUGCAGAUCUGGGCAAUGCCUGCUGGGUACAAAAACACUUCACCGAGGACAUCCAGACCUGCCAGUAUCGAUCUGUGGAGGUUCUGAUUGGGGCUGACUAUGGAACUCCUGCAGACAUCUGGAGCACAGCCUGCAUGGCCUUUGAACUGGCUACUGGAGAGUAUCUGUUUGAACCACAUUCAGGGGACAACUUCUCCCGAGAUGAAGAUCACAUCGCUCACAUAAUUGAGUUGCUGGGACCUCUACCGUCACAGUUUGCCCUCUCAGGGAGAAACUCCCGGAAAUAUUUCAAUCACAAAGGGCAGCUGCGGCACAUCUCCAGGCUAAAACCAUGGAGUUUGUGUGAGAUCCUGCUGGACAAGUAUGAGUGGUCGCGGGAGCAGGCAGCCCAAUUUAGUGCUUUUCUACUCACCAUGCUAGAGCCCCUCCCAGAGAGGAGAGCAACCGCUGCCCAGUGUCUGAAACAUCCCUGGAUCUCCUCAUAGACAUUAAACCAUUGCCCAGUGUCUGAAACAUCCCUGGAUCUCCUCAUAGACAUUAAACCAUUGCCCAGUGUCUGAAACAUCUCUGGAUCUCCUCAUAGACAUUAAACAGUUGCCCAGUGUCUGAAACAUCCCUGGAUCUCCUCAUAGACAUUAAACCAUUGCCCAGUGUCUGAAACAUCCCUGGAUCUCCUCAUAGACAUUAAACAGUUGCCCAGUGUCUGAAACAUCCCUGGAUCUCCAAUUAGAUAUUAAACCAUUGCCCAGUGUCUGAAACAACCCUGGAUCUCCUCAUAGACAUUAUACUUGUAGCCUGGUAGACUAUUGUCUGUACUUUAAAUGCAUAAACCCUCAGACUAUUUUAGUUAAUUAAAUAUAGGUAAUAGUAUCCUUAAUUAGGUUAUACAGUUAAGGAAACGUUUAACAUAUAUUUACCGACUAUUAUCAGGUGUUCCCUAAUUGUGUAUAGUUUGUUGGGAACGUACAUGAGCUUACACGUGUAGUAU